AUGAGGCGCUUCCUGAGCAGGAAGGGCCGCUUCUCCCUUCGCCAGAGCAAGUCCGGGACCCGGAGUGCCUCCAAGGAUUUCUGUAAGUCUUCUUUUUCUCAGAUUCAGUGUCCGUCCCUUUGAACCUCUCUGAGUUUUAUCUUUCCAUCCAUCCCACCAGACCUUGGUCUCCCUGCCACCAAUCAGAACUGGCCAGAGGCGUUUGGCUUCCGGCUGGGUGGCACUGGGCCCAGCUACAUCCUCUCCGUGGUGGAGGGCAGCAGUGCCUACCUGGCUGGCCUGCAGCCGGGCGACCAGGUGGUGGACAUCGAGGGCCAGGAUGUGACCAACCUCAGCACACCGGCGCUAGUCGCCCUGGCUCAGACCCUCAAGACUGUCCCACCCAGCAUCGGAGUAGUGUCACGGCUUGAACAGAUCGACAUCACCCCUGGCCCUGAUGGCCGUUUUGGAUUCACCAUCGUUGGAGACAGCCCUCUGAUGGUGGAGGACUGCAUGCCCAGCGGCCCGGCCGGGCGCAGUGGCCUGAAGGUCGGAGACUACGUCAUGGAGGUCAACGGCAUCCCAGUGAAGCAUCACGAAACGGCAGCGGCCAUGAUCAAAGCAGCUCAGGGUCGACCUCUGCGUCUGGGCGUGCUCAGUAUGGCCCGGCGACCCAAGCGGUUAAGCAGCAGCAUGAGGGUGUUGUCACAGAGCGGGGACAGCGUCAGGGACAGUCGCGCCCACAAGGCCAUGGAGUUCAAUAAGAAGGUGGAGGAGGUGCUGGGGGAGGAACCGGAUGUGAAGGAGCAGCUGUUUGAUGUGCUGAAGCAGUACGCUGCCGAGAGGGAUGUGGACAGUCUGGCCGAGGCGCUGCCUGACAUCCUGAUCACAGAGGAGCACCAGCAGCUGAUCGACAGCGUCAGGAUCUUCAUUCCCAAGAAGCACCGGGAGCGUUUUGACGAGGUGGUUUCCCAGAGCCUGAUGAGCCGGCUUAAGGGGCGGAGCUUCAGUGACCCCAGCCGCAACCGCCUACGCCGCAGCCGAAGCGAGGAUCACCCCGAGCGCCUCCUGGUGUCCACGCGCGCCAGCUCAGUGCCACGCACCCACGCAGAGGAGGGCGGGAACCAACCACCCAGGGGCAUGAGGAAGACCACCUCCCUAAUAGCCGGCCACUCCAGUGGCACCACCACCAACUGCAGGACGGUGAGAGUCUGCAAAGGCAACAUGAGUUUUGGCUUCACUCUUAGAGGUCAUGCUCCAGUGUGGAUUGAUUCCGUCAUCCCUGGAAGCCCAGCAGACAAAGCAGGACUGAAACCAGGAGACCGCAUCCUGUUUCUCAACGGGCUGGACAUGAGGACCUCCUCCCAUGAGAAGGUGGUGACCAUGCUGCAGGGCAGUGGUGCCAUGCCCACUCUGGUAGUGGAGGACGGUUCGUCCACUUACAGCCUGGCAGAGCAGGACCUCGCAGGGGGCGGUGGUCCUCCAGAACGUGCCCGCUCCCCUGUGUUCAGCUCCCUGCAGUGGGUGGCGGAGAUUCUGCCUCCCAGUAUCAGGGUUCAGGGCCGCACCUUCGGUCAGCAGCUGGAGCACCUGCUGACCAUCCAGGAGAGGUACACCAUCUGCAAGGCUUUGGAGAACUUCUUCCAGCACAGGAAUGUUGACACUCUGAUCGUGGAUGUGUUCCCGGUGCUGGACACUCCAGCCAAACAGGUGAUCUGGCAGUUUGUUUACCAGCUGCUGACGUACGAGGAGCAGGAACACUGCCAGAGCAAGAUCUCACGCUUUAUUGGAUUCAAAGCAUCAGUUCCACCACCACCACCUCCCCCUCCUCCCGAGCCUGAGUCUGCCCACGAGCCCCAUCGCCGCAGCAGCUCCAUGAGAGUAACGGGGACCACGUACAGGAGCAGUGUGAGGGGACGUAGUUCAGACGACCUGGUCAUUGGCACACACUUGGGCCUGGGCCUCCGUGCAGAGCCAGUGAUGGAGAUGGGGAUGAGGUUGGCUCCAGGAGAGAGACAGUCAGGUGAUGGUACCUCCCUCCCUGAGACUCCCAACAACCUCACCAAUCUGUCGGCAGUGUACGCUGAGCUGGAGAACAUGUAUUCAUCCAAGAGGUCCAAGUCUCUAAAGAGUCGCCCUCUUCCCACCCAAGAGAGUUUGCUGGAUCUGGAUCCUCCUUCGCGCUCGGCUUCCCCCACAAUGCUCGCUAACACAGGUAGCCGUAAAGGUCCCCCGACCCCUUCAUCCUGGCAUGAAACCCCUCUCCCCAGCCCCCCUCAGGCUCAGUUCUACUCAUCUGGGCUGCCCAGCCAGACCAGCGGGGAGUCCAAUCCCUACAUCAGCUUGGACAGUCCCCCACCUUCACCCCCGGAGCCCGCUGACUACCCAGCAAGUCCACCACCGACUCGCAGCAGCAAGCGGCGCUACACCUUCUCCAAACCCCCGCGUUCAGAAGACACAGAUCGCUUCCUGGAUGCACUGAGUGAGCAGCUGGGACAGAGGGUGGCCAUCAUCGACGACUUCCUGACUCCUGAGAACGACUACGAGGAGGAUGUUGUGCAGAUGGGUUUCCCGGAUGAUGAGGAUGAGGAUAUCGAAGAGGAGCUGGGGGUUGACGAAGAAGAAAGUGGAGGAUUUGUGGCCCCAGAGCUGAGCAGCCCGAGUGACGCUCAAAGCAGCAGUGGAGAAGAGAACGCCUCCUCUCUCACCUACUCCUCAUCCUCUGACCACAUCCCUCCUCCCCCAAUGACACCUCCUCCGCCUCCACCUAAUCAGUUCAAUGACCCACCUCCUCCCCCUCCACCACCUGCACAGCCUCAGCACCAACAACAACCGAAGCAGCAGCUCGACUUCACCCCCGAACACUCCCCAAGAGCAUAUGUGCCCAUUCGCCGUAAAUCUGGACCCCCUCCGCCACCUCCACCCCGCAGUAAUCCACCAGCGAAGCGGCUCUCUCUCCACAAAGCACUACCCACAAGAGAGGACUUACAGGUGCAUGCUACCAUACUAGAGCUAAAAGCCUUCCAAGAACAACACUCCUACAAGGAAAGGCAAGUCUAUGAGAAGCAACAAGCGUUCAAGGAGAGGCAGGCCUUUGAGGAGCAGAAAGCCUAUGAGGAACAACAACUGUUUCAAGAGCAGCAGGCCUACCAGGAGCAACAGGCCUAUCAGGAGUCAUUCUUCAAAGAGAGACAAGCUUAUGAGGAGCAGAAAGCAUACGAGGAGCAAAAAGCUAUUGAAGAGCAACAAAUGCACCAGGAGCAACAAGCCUACCAAGAAAGACAAGCAUACGAACAGCGUCAAGCCUACCAGGAACAAAAAGUAUACGAACAGCGCCAAGCCUACAAGGAGCAAAAGGCAUUUGAAGAGCUUCAAGCUUACCAGGAGCUUCAAGCUUACGAAGUGCAAAAAGCUUUCGAGGAGCGUCAGGCCUACGACAAGCAACAAGCUUAUCAAGAGCAACAGAUGCAACAGAUUUACCAGAGUCACCACUCGAUGCCUACCCAGCCAACGCAGCAAAAAGCCCUGUCACCACUUCCUCACCAACAACUUCACCAAUCCUUACCCCCACUCCCUUCUCCGGACUCCACCCAUCACCACGCCAACCAUCCUCUCUAUGUGAUGCACCAAGCACAGCUGCAGCAGGCUCACCCGGGUCAUCACCACCGGCGUUUGUCUCGUUCAGCCCCUCCGCCGCACCAACCGCCACCUCAACCGUCGCCCCAACCGAUGGCUCACCCCAGCCAACAAGUUCAAUAUGCUGAGGGAAUCUACCAAAGUCACCAGGGCCUGAGACCCCAUCCCCACCAUUCUUCAGCUGAGAUGCUCCACCAGACGCAUCAAGCCCCCACCCAUCACUCCUCUGCUGAGGUGCUCAACCAGUUGCAACAAUCUCAGGCCCACCACUCAUCUACUGAGAUACUCCAGCAGAGGCAACAAGCCCAUGCCCACUACUCCUCCUCAGAAAUGCUCCACCAAAUACACAAAACCAAGGGACAUCAUUCUUCAACAGAGUUACUGAACCAAGCUCAUCAAAUGCAGCAGAUGCAGCCUCACCACUCCUCAACAGAACUUCUCCAUCAAGCUCAACAGAUGCAUCAGGGUCAACCACACCAUUCCUCUACUGAGCUGCUCCAUCAAAUGCAAAAGGCCCAGGCCCACCACUCCUCCACAGAGCUGCUCCAUCAAGCCCAUCAGAUGCACCAACCCAUGCCCCAUCACUCCUCUGCAGAGGUUCUGCAUCAAGCCCAGCAAGAGCCUGGCUCCCUUCCUGUUCAGUUAAAGCAAGACAGUCACUCACACCAGAGCCGCAGAAGUCUUAAAGGUCUUCAUCAAACCCAAGCUUCACCUCAAGGGAGACACCAAGAGCAGCAGAUCCACCAAACCCAUCACCCCCAACCCACUAAACCCUCUCCUCAGAGACCCCACUCUAUCCAGCAGACCCACCACCACUCUAGCACACCUCAGAUUCACCACAUUCACCACAUAACCCCACAGCCCCCUCCGAAGGACUACCAACACCAGAUUCAUGUCAUCCACCCCCCACAGCAGUCCCACAGGCCCCAGCCUCUUCUUUCUACCUUUCAGCCCCUCCAGCCACAUCAAACCACCCUGUCUACAUUCCAGCCCCUCCCCCAACACCACAAGCUGCAGCACCAAGUCCAGACCUCCACCCAAGCCACUCGCCCACAGUCUCAGCCCUCGCAUCACCUGCUGCAAUCCCCAAACCAGCCGCAAUCCCAAUCAUCCCACCAUAAACAAUCCCAUGGCCAGAGUCAGCCCCAGUCCCUCCCGCACUCUCUGUCUGAUCCCACAGAGCACCUGGGGCCCCCUCCUCCUCCGCCCCUUCCCCCACCUUGUUCUCCUCCACCACUGCCAAGGCCCAAUCUGUCCAGAAUGGAUUCCAAUCACAUGAGUGUGAAGCGGUUACGCUGGGAGCAAGUGGAGAAUUCAGAGGGGACUAUCUGGGGACAGUUGGGAGCUAAUUCUGAUUAUGAUAAACUGCACGACAUGGUGAAGUAUCUGGAUCUGGAGCUGCACUUUGGGACACAGAAGAGCUCCAUGCCGGCUCCAGAUCCAUCCCUCCUGCCAGAAACCCUCAAGAAGAAAGAUGUGAUAGAAAUUCUGUCCCAUAAGAAGGCUUAUAAUGCCUCCAUCCUGAUAGCCCACCUGAAGCUGUCUCCUGCAGAGCUGCGUCAGGUGCUGAUGAGCAUGGCCACUGAUAGGCUGGAGGCGUCGCACAUCAAACAGCUGCUGCUGUACGCCCCCGACACAGAGGAGGUCAAAAAGUAUGAAGAGUACAGACAGGAUCCCGGCAAACUCAGUGAACCAGACAAGUUUGUGUUGCAGAUGUUGUCAGUACCAGAGUACAAGACACGCCUGCAGAGCCUCCUCUUCAAGUGUUCCCUGCAGGAGAAGACCGAGGAGUUGAGGGGAGCGUUCGACUGUAUCAACAAGGCCUCCAUGGAGCUGAAGACCAGCAGGAAGCUAGCGAAGAUACUGGAGUUUGUACUGGCGAUGGGAAACUACUUGAAUAACAGCCAACCGAAAACCAACAAGACCACAGGCUUCAAGAUCAACUUCCUUACAGAGUUGAGCACAACUAAAACAGUGGAUGGGAAGUCGACAUUCCUUCACAUUCUGGUCAAGUCGUUGUGUCAACACUUUCCUGACGUGUUGGAUUUUUCCAAAGAUCUAACAAUGAUUCCACCUGCAGCCAAAGUAAACCAGAGGACGAUCGCGUCAGAUCUGAAUGACCUUCAUGCAACCAUCCAAGACAUUCGCUCGGCCUGUCAGAAGAUGCCUGCGACUGCUGACGACCGUUUUGCUGCUGUCAUGAGUAACUUUUUGGAAAACAGUCACCCAGCGAUCCAGUCUCUGGAGUCCCUGCAGCAGAGAGCAAUGGAAGAAUUCAGCAAAACUGCGUCCUACUUCGGAGAAGACGGCAAAGCCACCAACACCGAAGGCUUCUUUGGCAUCUUUGCGGAGUUCAUGAUCAAGUUUGAGAGAGCGCUGAGUGAGCAUCAGGCUGCAGAAAUCCAGAAGAGUCCUCGGAGUCCACGAAUGGCCUCGCCCCUGGCCUGGUAA